AUGUCGUAUACGCCGCUCAAGACGACAACCACCGACGAGGAAGCCAUACAGGGGUUAACACAGACAGAUGAAGAGGCAGAAUGGCCUGUCUCAUCACAUGUCCCAAAAUCAGCGCCCCGGCGUCUGCGCAUCAUAGAUGUCAUCAAGGGUGUCGCAAUUGCUUUGCUACUCGCAGCGUUCUUUAUGCUAGGCCGAAUAACAACGUCUGGAAAAUGGCAUCAUUCACUAAGUGGUAAUGACACGGCGCUUGUGUCGGUCGGAAAGUGCUCACCGGACUGGAAAGAGGCGGAAGAAGCGGGAUGUGUAUACGAUGUGGUACUGUCAACUUGGAUUCACCCUCGUUGCUUUAAUGAGGAGAUGUAUCAGAAGUACAAGAUCAUCUUGCAGGACAUGGACUUCAAGUAUUGGCUUGAGCCUGAGAUGAUCAACGAGAUCUCCCUCGAAGCUGUCGAAACGGGGGAGCAUGGCUGGGUGUGGACUGAUGGGCGAUACCAUCAUCUACACUGCGCAUACGCUCUCGAGCGAAUUCAAGCGGCCUUGAUGAGCGACCCGAUAGUCUUGGACACAAUUUGUCGGAGCGAGGAUCAUCUUCACCACUGUUUACAGUAUAACGGCAACCCUGAAUGGAAGGAUGUGAAAGCACCCAAUACCACGAGAAUCUUCAACGAGCCGUACUAUGUUGAUUGCCUGAUUGGUUAA